AUGACCGGAAAAAUGCCGCAGCUGCCGCCACCGGGAUUAAAACGCGACGGUUUAAAAGCGCACAUCAUGGUGUUUCCUUAUCCAGCACAAGGCCACUUGCUUCCUCUUCUCGACUUAACUCAUCAUCUCUGUCUCCAUGGCGACAUCACAGUCUCGAUUAUAGUCACUCCUAAAAACCUUCCUUACCUCUCUCCUCUUCUCUCCGCUCAUCCCUCUACCGUCUCCGCCGUCACUUUACCUUUCCCUCACAAUCCUUCACUCCCUCCCGGCGUUGAAAACGUCAAAGAACUCGGCUGUUCCGGUAAUCCUCUGAUUAUGGCUUCUCUACGUCAGCUUCGAGAGCCUAUCAUCAACUGGUUAAGUUCUCAUCCCAAUCCUCCUGUCGCUCUCAUCUCUGAUUUCUUCCUUGGAUGGACCAACGAUCUCGGUAUUCCUCGCUUUGCCUUCUUCAGCUCUGGAGCAUUCUUAGCUUCGAUUCUCCAUUUCGUCUCUGAUAAGCUUCAUAUAUUUGAAUCAACUGAGCCUGUUUGUUUCUUGGAUCUUCCUCGUUCCCCUGUUUUCAAGACAGAGCAUCUCCCGUCCUUAAUCCCACAAUCUCCAUCUUCGCAAGAUCUUGAAAGUGUCAAAGACACCACGAGGAAUUUUUCGAGCUACGGUUGCGUUUUCAACUCUUGUGAGUGUCUUGAAGAGGAAUACAUGGAGUUUGUGAAGCAGAAAGUGGGUCAUAACCGUAUUUUUGGUGUUGGCCCGCUUUCUUUAAUCGGGUUAGGUAAGGGAGAUUCAUAUUCCAAUGUAGACGUCAAGGCCUUGGUGAGUUGGCUCGACGGAUGUCCAGAUGGAUCAGUGCUAUACAUCUGCUUCGGAAGUCAAAAAGUGUUAAGUAAAGACCAAUGUGAUGCUCUGGCUCUUGGUCUCCAAAAGAGCAUGACCAGGUUCGUUUGGGUGGCUAAGACAGACCCAAUACCUGAUGGGUUCGAGGAUCUCGUUGCGGGUCGAGGGUUGAUUGUUAGAGGUUGGGCUCCUCAAGUGUCUGUGUUGAAUCACGUGGCUGUUGGAGGAUUUUUAAGCCAUUGUGGAUGGAACUCGGUCCUGGAAGCGAUGGCUAGCGGAAAAAUGAUCUUGGCAUGGCCCAUGGAAGCAGACCAGUUUGUGGAUGCAAGGUUGCUGGUGGAGCAUAUGGGUGUGGCGGUUAGUGUAUGUGAAGGGGGUAAGACUGUACCUGAUUCAAAUGAGUUGGGUCGGGUCAUAGCUGAAACAAUGGGUGAACACGGACAAGAGGUGCGUGCUCAGGCUAAGGCGAUGGGACGAAAUGCACAAGCUGCGAUGGAACCAGGAGGAAGCUCUAGUGCAGAUUUAGAAAGACUUGUCAAAGAACUGAGAUCUUUAUAA